ACUGUCACCACACUCUGUGACAUGUCAUUGUUGUAAAGCCUCGCGAACCUAGUACGUACCAGACUCUGCUGCCGUCACCAUGACCCAUUUGGGCCAACACCUCCAUCGCCACACUUAAAGCCGUCACAUGUGUUUAGCAACAAAUUCUACAGACUGGAGUCUGGUCUUUUUGGAGGAUGGGGAAUAUGAUGCGAGUUGUGAGUUCCAACAACAAGGCCGACAAUAACCUUGACAGCACUUGCAAAGUUUCAGACGAUGAUAUAGUGGUGGUGCUCCAGGACUACCCUUCUGCUGAAAUCAGCGAGCCCAUCUACAGAAUAGGAGAGAAGCUCCGAGUCAUAGCACAGGAAGCUUAUUGGUGGAGAGUUCGCUCUGUUCAGACAGGGAAGGAGAACUAUAUACCCAACAGCCAUGUGGCCAAAGUUUAUCACGGUUGGCUUUUUGAGGGGGUGGAGAGGCAGAAGGCUGAAGAGCUGCUGCUUUUGCCUGGGAACAGAGUGGGCUCGUUUCUGGUGCGGGAGAGCGCCACAGAGAGAGGUCUGUAUUCACUCUCAGUGAAGCACAGGACAGUAAAGCAUUAUCGUAUAUUCAGACUGGACAACAGCUGGUACUACAUCUCCCCACGACUCACUUUCCAGUGCCUUGAAGAUAUGAUCAACCACUAUUCUGACUCUGCAGAUGGGCUUUGCUGUUCGCUCACCUCCCCCUGUUUGUCGGGCACAAUAGAGCCAUCAGAUCCAAGUCUUCAACCUCCACCUGUAGUCAUGCGACGCAAUUUUGACUGGAAGAAAGUAGACAAGAAACAGCUGGUCAACACAGAAAGCCAUGGUGACAACAUGGUGAGCUACGGUGUCAGGAACAGCAUCGCUGCCUACCUGUCCUUUUCUGGCCAUGAAAACUCUACACAGCUGCAAGCUGAAAGCAGGAAGAAGAAAAGUAAAUCUGUAUAUGUGCCCCCCCAAAGCAACCACACAAACGCCGACUAUGAGGAUGACUUCUAAAAACAGAAGCUGGGUUUUAAAAAUGGAUAAACUGGCUUCAACCAGAGACCCAAAGUGGGGAUCGUUCCCUGAAAUCGACUACACAUCCCCUUUGUCGACUGAGGGGUGCGCUGACCCAACACUGUUCCAAGUAUCUUAGACAUCAAAGUGUGCUAUGAUGUGAGCACUUUGAAGUAUUUUAACAGUAAUGUAAACAGCAUGACUACUCACUUAUAAAAUCAUAAACAGGAACAGUGUGGAGUUAAAAUCAGUGACUGUGCACUUUUUGAUGUGUGGAGGCUUCACGCAGAGCUAAACAACAAAGCCUAUCAGUACUAUAGAAGUAUUAUUGUAAAUAUGAAUUUAUGUGCCUCUCAAACUAUUUUUCUGUGUUGUUAAUAAAUGUUAAAUGUUUGAUGUCCAUAAUAUAACUUUACUUGCACAAUUUCUUUGAGCUACAUUCAAUCAUAUUCACUUUAUGAAGCUGAUAUGUUGAAUGUCUUAGUGAAUAGUGGGUUGUAAGUAUGGUGUAAGAUAGCUGUCAGAAUUUGUGUGCACAAGCACAUAUCCGUGCAUAUUCAUCUAAAGUUUGUAAACUUUGGUCUGUAUAAAAUCACACAUAAAAUGUCAUUGUGUAUUUUGUCUGUCAGAAUAUGAUUUGAUCAGUUACAACUGCAAUAAUUACAAAUACAAAAUGUAAUUUAUGGUUACGGUUUCUUCAUUAUGAAUUGACAAACCACAGCUGUGAAGAAACGGUAAAAUAGGUUACGGGGUCACAG